CUUGUUGCUACCCCAAUGCUGGCUUUUCCGUCACAUUCUCCCUCCGGUAGCCUUUCACCCGCGGUAUCGCACAUCCAGCCAUAUUAAGUAGGUCGUUUGACGCCAUUUACGUCUCAUGCAUGCGAGAGGAUGGCACUAGCGCAUGUUAUCGUUGGAGAUGUUGCCAGGUUUUACGGUGCCGCAGGGAAACUCACAACGUGCGCAUGAUGAUCAUUCCGGUGAUGCAGACUAUAAAACAUAGAAACUAACCAUACUUCUGGUCCUUUGAAGGCAAAGAGAUUCGUCAACGACAUCAGGCCCAGUUACCCACCCCCCGAUCCCGCCGCAUUCAGAGACGAUGUAGAGAGGGAUGGCAGGGCUGCCGGCGCCUGAUUACAGUCAUGGAUACACAAUAUCUAUAACCCACUCACGACUCUGCAGAGUCGAUCUGCUGAUCAUACCCAUCUGUAACGAUCUUCGAAAAGUUCAUCAGGGUGCUGCGAGCAUUUGAUAGAAUCAGUUGUAGGAUCUAGUCGUCGAUGAAAGCAAUGUUCGUCUGGUUACACCGUCUCUGGCUGACCGGAAAACGCACUCGGGUGGUCUCAUGCGCUCGCCAAAGCGACGGCAGACUGGGAGAUCAAUCAAGAGUCGAUGGUCGACGACAGGAGAAGAUGGAUCUUGUUGCCAGUUUCCUACACACACUGAGGACAUCAGCAGCUCGUAGAAUAUUUAUACUCCCCGAUAUCAAGACGACAACGAAACUCUUCACUUCCUCAACAUACGACUCUGUAUCAUGGGACGCUAUAGGCUGAUAAUAUGUACCCUCGUGUUUUCGUGUUUAACGUCUACAGCAUUUCAAAUCAACCCACCUCUCCCUACUGCUCCCGUCAUAGGCCAGGUCAUUUCAUUCAACUGGACUCGCGACUUGGAAGAUCCAGACGAGUUUAGUUUUCGGGAAUUUAUGGAUGUGGACGGCCACGGUCUUUCGUUGAAUCCGCUCUCAGUGGACAACGCGCAGGCACGACAAAGAAUCGGCUCGUUUACUUUGACAAUGACCCAAAUUAUGACAUUUAAGGUUGUAGCGGUCGACAUGAAUGACCUGAACACAUUCUUUACAGCUCCCGGAGUGAUAGAGGCGGCUGUGUCCCCCGAUGGAACAACCACUAGUUCCCUUCAUAAUGUUGGGACGCCAGUUGCUUCCCCACUACCGGGUCUCACCUCCGCCCAAGCUACUACAAGCUCUCCCAUUUCACCGGCUAUAUCUAUUGAAAAUCCGACGCCAGCGUCCACACAGACAAGCCUCUCGACGGUUACCGCUACAGUCCUGACCAAUUCAGAGGAAUCGCAGCCUCACAAGUCGAGUACCGGUGCUAUUGCCUGUGGCACAAUCGGUGGUGUGGUCCUGCUUGUGGUCUCCGCCUUUGUCUUUUACAUUUUGAAGCGAAGGAACAAAAAGCUGAAACAUAAACAAAACCUUGCCCCCUAUUUGGAUGCAAAACCAUGUUCCGGUUCCGAUUCACCUUAUAUGGAUAUUAGGGAACGAAGGGCGCAGAUAAUCGAACAAAGGGCGCGACUUCAACGUGAGUUGGAGGCAUAUGAUCAAUCAUCCCAAGAAUCGAACUCAAGAAGUGGGGCUGUUCCCGAUGGUAUCAAUGAAUCAAAUCAGGAAGAAGACGUUGUACAAGUACUUCGUCGUCAGAUGGAAGUUGUAACAAGGAUAAUGGCGACUUUGGAGGCAGGAAUGGCACCGCCCGAUUACAGCUCUGAUACGCAAUAAACACUAGCUCUUAUCCAUUAUAUGAU